AUGGCCCUCCUUCAUGCCACAGAGAUACCAGCCAACCUGACAGGGACCAAGGCAAGAUGGGUGGAGACCAGCCUGAUUCCAAGCAUGUUUCUUACUAUAUGCUUCCUGAUUGGGGUCCCUGGGAAUGGUCUCGUGGUCUGGACUAUCCUUUCCACAUUCCCCCAGCGCUCAUUCACCAUCGCCCUCAUCCUGAACUUAGCUGUGGCUGACUUAAUGGUAAUGCUGACUGUGCCUUUCUGGAUUUACUAUUUUGUCAAAGACUGGGUUUUUGGAGACUUCAUGUGCCGAUUCCUCAUAUACCUUGUAUAUUUGACAGUCUAUGCCAGCAUCUUCUCCAUCACGUUAUUGAGCCUCCACCGCUUUGCUGUUGUGGUCCUUCCAUUCGCUUCCCAAAGAUGGCGGAAGCCAAGGGGGACGCAUGUCGUACUGCUGGCUGUUUGGUUGCUAGCAGGGGUUUUCUCCUGCCCGAGCUUGAUAUUCUCAUCCAGCCAGAUGACCAAAGGGCAGUGCUCGGAUGAGUUUUAUGAGUUUGAUGGCCAGCGCCUUGCAGUUAACAUCGUGGAGACACUGUUUGCCUUUGUGAUCCCUUUUGCUGUGUUGGCAGUCUGCUACACCUACGUGAUGAGGAAGAUUCGGACUCUGAAAAACCACAAGAAAAUGAAAACUGGGAAGCUGAUUGCUGCAGUAGUUGGAGCCUUCUUUGUUUGCUGGCUCCCUUAUCAUGUCUUAAACCUCAUCAUCAUCUCUGCACUGUUGCUGAAAUAUGCCAAGCCGGAGGUGACCCAAGCUUUACUUGACUCCAUUAAAACUUUAACAAACCUUCAUGGGGCUGUGGCCUUUUUAAGCAGCUGCAUCAACCCUAUUCUUUAUGCCUUUGCAGCGCGGAGUUUCCGUGGUGGGCUACGCGAGACAAACUUUGCGAAAUUGUUUGAAAAAGUGCACAAUGAUACCGAGGAAAAAUCAGCUAAGGACAAUACUGUUUCCAUGCAGACUCUGUAG